UUUUUUUUUUUUUUUUUUUACAUUUGCUUGUCUCCUUGAGCAGCUUGGUUACUUGGGACUCUAAAAGUUGUCGAUUUUAUUACCCGUCUUUACUACUACCAGCAUCGUGAGCCAGUUUUUUAUGCUCAACUUCCGAUAAUGUAUCAUUAUUCCACUCCACCUCCCGGGUGGUCAUCCCAUUAUAUGACUUCGCCUCCUACAUCUCCUCAUUACGCCUACUACGCUACUCAGGUCGCCAAUCCCUACGGCUCCCCUCGACCAUCAUCCAAGCGCCAUAGUCGCAAAGCCAGUUAUGCCGGCACCAAGGAAGCCGCAGGAUGGCAAUAUGCCGGAUAUGGUACGCCUUUCUACGAUGCGAUGCCUGAAUUUAGCACGCCACCGCGCAAGCACGAUAAUGUAAGUGCUUUUUUUGGUGGCUCUUCGUCCUAUCACCGUCGCCGUAGCACCAUGGGCAAUGCCCCGGCAGAUCCUUGGGAUAACGCUAGUCCGCGCCCGUCGCACUCGACCCGGAAACGACCCAUCUUUGUAGAUGUGGUCGACGAUGGAUUCGAUGACGCGCCACGAUUCCCCUUCCGCGAGGAAGCUAGCCAACCCCGUCGAUUCUCGUCUGCAACUCCACGCAAGCCAAAGCCACCCACUGAUCAAUAUUGUUAUUCUAACCAGGUUCCCGUACAUGAUGAUGAUUCACCGAAGCGGUCCCGCGCGCGUCGCCAGUCCACCUCCACGAGGACCCCAUCAAAGCCCAAGCCCACGACAUCAUCUAAGCCAGCUCCGAAGGCUACGGAAGAGGAUGCGGCUAAAGCUGGCAUCCCCGCGGGUUAUUCGAUCAAGAACUGGGAUCCCACUGAAACCCCUAUCAUUCUCUUGGGAAGUGUCUUCGAUGCGAACUCCCUCGGCAAGUGGAUCUACGACUGGACGGUCUUCCACCACGGUGCUUCGACUCCGAUGGCCGAUGUUGCGGGCGAGUUGUGGUUGUUGUUGAUCAAGUUGGCGGGUAAGAUCAAGAGAGCCGAUGAGUGUGUGGAUCGGAUCAAGCAGCCUGAGCACCAAGAAGUGGUGGAGGACUUUUUGGAGAGUGGUGAGCGCCUGUGGGCGCGGUUUAAGAAAUUGCUGAAAACCUGCGAACAGUUCAUGUGGAAAGCGGCCAAGCGAGAAGGUGGUAAGAGCGUGUCUAUGGGCCGCAACGCAGGCUGUGAAUUUGUCGAGACGAUAUUUGGUCGCGACCGCGAAUUAGAGAGCACAGAGAAGUUGAUGAACAGCGUUCGUCUAUGGAACAUGCGGUUUGACGCCAACUGCGAGGACAUUCUUCGACGACCGUCGGCAUAGUCGUCGCAACCCUUUGCGAUAUUUUACCGGGCAUCGACCCAACAAAAAAAGUACACUUGAUUGAUUCGGUUCUUUUCAUCUUCAAGAGUCGGGAAUGAAUAAUCGGAACUGCAGGGCAACAUCAGAGCUGCUGUUUGAGCUUCCUUGGCAUUUUACUUUUGAUCUGUCGGAUUGCAUUUGAGCGCGUUUGAAUUGGCCUACUGACUGAAUUGCUCUUUGCUCUCAGUUACUCGUUCAAGGGACAUGACCGCUACCAGCGCGGAUCACUCUGACAAAUUUUUUUUUUUUUAUCUUUUCUUUUGUUCUUCCCUUUGUCAUUUCCUUACUGUGGGCACUCUUAAUUCUUUUCAUUCUGCUUACAACUGGGACGGGGCUUUGCUUUCUUGUCUGGCGUAUGCUAGCUCAUCGGGAAUCAUUUGCAUUUUUCUAUUGCAAGUUGGAGCCGAUGGGCUUUCUUUGUCUUCGAUGAUACCAUUUUGCGACUCGUUCUAUCUCGGACACGGUUGGUUUGAUUCUUUCGUUGCGUCUUGAACAGCAUAUAUAGACACCCACUACCAUCGUACCGAUAGACAUUACAAUUUUUACCACUUUUGAUCUUGUCGUUUCGCAA